GUUUUGUCUAGUGUUCUUAUCACCAUCAACUACCGUUUACUUUUCUUCUGCUUUCUGUUUCUUUUUGGGAGGAAUAGAGAAAAAAAAAUGAUGUCUAAAUCAACCGUGAGUACUGUUCUUGGAGAGAAAAAACAACUAAAGAAACCUGCACAGGCUAGUUCGAGAAAAGGUUGCAUGAGAGGCAAAGGAGGUCCGGAGAAUGCACUCUGCACUUACAAGGGUGUUCGUCAGAGAACUUGGGGUAAAUGGGUUGCUGAGAUCAGAGAGCCCAACCGUGGUGCCCGUCUCUGGCUUGGUACUUUUGACACCUCCCAUGAAGCUGCCAUGGCUUAUGAUGCUGCUGCUCGUAAGCUCUAUGGCCCGGAAGCCAAGCUUAACCUGCCGGAGUUGCACUCCAGCAAGAACAAAGUUCCAGCCUCUUCUGCAAAUUCCCAAGCUUCUCAAUUAGGAAAUCGGUCCCAAUCCCAAAUCCUACAUAAUUCAGGUGCCACAUGUCCAUCAAGUGGCCCAAUCAUAAGGGCUAAUAACCUUGUAACACCAGCUUACAGCUAUGACUCAAUUGUAUCCUUUCCUAAUGCAAACGUGGACUGCUGCAAUGCAAACGUGGCAGAAAGUAAUGAAGCAAGUAUUUAUGGGCAAAAUCAAGAGGGAGCUGGAAUAAAUGAGCUGUGGGAAAAUCUGAACGUGAACCUGCCUUUAUUUGAUGAUUCAAUUUGGGCAGAAGCAGCAAUGUCAAUAGAUUUCCCUGCAAUGGAAGACCCUGGAAUUUUUGCCAGCAAUCUGAUGGAUGGAACAAACUGGGACGCGUUGCAGACUCCAUGGUGCAAGUAAAAUAACAGCAAACUCCAUCUCCUGUCUAUACUAAAGCCAGCGAUGGCCACGCUUCAGGCACAUAGGUUUUUCUGGGCUUGUUCGUGGCUCUUGUAUAUCGCUCACGUGAUCUAUCUGUCACGUGCCUCUGCUUGUAAGAUUAUACUUUUUUUUUUUUCAUUUUUUUUUGUGUGCGUCUUUUCUUUGUAUUGAAUCGGGAGAUGUCUUCUCUUAGCAUUGGGUGGUGGGAAGAUGAGGUGUAUAAUAUAUAUAGAACCUAGAAAAUGAAAUAAAAGUAGCUUAGUAUACAACCCA